UUGUAGGCCCUCAGGGACACCAUCCACCAGCCGAGUUGUCCUUGUCAUGCCUCCUUGAAAUGAAUAGAAGACAUCCAAGGAUCCAAUUCUGCUUCCCUCCCCUAAAAUCCAGCCUAUCUCCUGGGCUCUCCUCCAGAUUCCCAGAACUGCUGUUGGGCUUUGAAUUGAUGCCUUUUGAAUCCGACUGUAAAAAAAAACACCAUCUGGAGAACUUCGGAGCCCCGCAGAGCCCCAGAGCCCUUGACUUUGCCUGGGAAACCCUGUUCAUUCCUGCCUGAGAGUUGGGGAGAGUCAGCCAAACUUCUGGUCCAGAGAAAUUUAGGAAGUAAUUUCUCCUCUUCACCAUCACAGUCUGUCAACUUUCUCAAAGGACCCGAGUGCCAGACUUGGACUCUUGAGACCAAAUGUCUUCAUCUACUGUGAAAUCUAGAAAAAUAAGUGCUUACACCGCGGUAAAAGUAGACCCCGAGAGUGACUAUUGUACACCUGGAGCGUUUGAUUUGGAGAGGCUCUUCUGGAAAGGAAGCCCCAAAUACACGCAUGUCAACGAAGUCUGGCCCAACCUCUACAUAGGAGACGAGAAAACUGCACUUGAUCGGUACAGCCUCGAGAAAGCUGGCUUCACCCAUGUGCUCAACGCAGCCCAUGGACGAUGGAAUGUGGAUACAGGGCCCAAGUACUACGAGGAUAUGGCCAUCCAGUACCACGGAGUGGAGGCAGACGACCUUCCCACCUUCAACCUGAGCCAGUUCUUCUACUCUGCUGCAGAGUUCAUCCACAAAGCACUCCAGGAUGAGACCAACAAGAUCUUGGUCCACUGCGCCAUGGGCCGUAGUCGCUCAGCAGCCUUGGUCCUAGCCUAUCUAAUGAUUUACAAGCACAUGACUGUGGUGGAUGCCAUUGCCCAGGUGAUCAAGCACAGAUGCAUCCUCCCAAACCGCGGAUUCCUGAAACAGCUCCGGGAACUGGACAUAAAGCUGGCCUUGGAAAGGAAAAACGGCACCAACAAGCUCAACGCUAGCAAAGAGGAGAAGGCCCACAAAGAGAUUUAACAUUCCGUUGUUGUUGUUUUUUUAAAAAAUAAGUAGCUACAAAAUAAUCAAGGAGUAUAAAAACCAUUGGGCAAAGAGAGUCAUUUGUUACCAACUAAGGAAGGAACGAGGCGGGAGUGGGGAGGUGGGUGCAAUCAGAAGCCCUUUAAAUGUCUUUUAAGUCAUUUUCAGCUUGAUUAUAUGCAGAGAAGGCGUGAUGGAGGGCAGCCUUUUAAUAGGGAGCUGGCAGGAGAUGACAAAGGCAGCUCUUCUGCAGCAAAGGAGAAAGGAAUCUGCAAGCAAGUCUGACGAUGAUACUGUACUUAAGGGUGUACAGUGUGCAGAAAGAGUCUGCUCCGAGUCACUUUCUGGCAGCAGGCCCGGCUCCAAGGCACUUUCGGGCAUGGGGCCAGGUUCGGGGGCAGAAGCCACAACACCUCAAUUCAAGGCAUCUUGACUUUAGAACUGCAAUUAUUUUAUCUGGAUUAGGAUUUCCCCCCCCCCACUUUCGCUCACUCAACUGCUCUCGGACAUGCAGAAAUUGGAUAUGAACCUCAGAAUGGUGUAUCAUCAACAUGCAGAUCUCACCCAGAAAAUUUAGGUAGCUCUUGGAAAAAAUGUGUGUGAUAUGACGGAACUCUGUACCACACUAAAAUUCAGUGUGAGAUUUGCCAGGUACACUUGUUAACAUUGUUGAAUCAUAAUUAUGAGAUGAUUUCCCAGUAAUUUUCAGUGGAAAUUAAAUGAAUAAGCAGGCCGGUUUAACAUGCUUGGGUCAAACAUGAAAAAGAGCCAAAAAUGUUGGUUUUGAUCCAUCUGUUAUCACCUCAAUGCUGAUGGGUGCAGGAAAUAGCGGGUUGGACUAGUAGACCUCUUAGGUUCCUUCCAAUUCUGUUAUUCUGUAAAAGUAAUAUUGAUGCCUGCUCUACUUUUAAACUAUUUUUUUUAACUAGGAACACAUGGAGAAUGUUACGUUCAGGAGUUCUUAUAUAAUUAAAUUGCUAAAGUCUAUCAAGAAUGAAAAAUGGUUGAUGUUAGUUGUCAUCUUGUAUGGAGAGUUUAGUUUAAUGGUCCACUACUUUCAGCGUAGGUAGAAGGAGCAGCUUUUAAAACAUCGUAUUGUUCUGAGACGGUCACAAAAGUUAAUGCAAAUUCAAAUAUGCAUGAAACACCUGCUAAUUACUUUUGUUUGAGCAAGAUGACAGUGUUUGCUCACUUGCAUUAUUCUGUCCAAAAUGAUUCCUUACUAGUGCUUCAUGGGCCCAUCUCUAGCAUCUGGAAUGUUAUGUUCCCUGCCUAUCGCCUUUUAUUGGCUGGCUGGGGAAUUCUGGGAGUUGAAGUCCACAGAUCUUAAAAGUUGCUGAAGGUGGACAGCCUAGUUGGGUCUCAUGCUGUGCGACCAAUCCAAGAUACCAGUUACACUGCUUGGAACAUCCAAAGCGCUAAUUAAAAAUAAUGCACAUUUUUAGAAAAUCAUUUUUAUUCUUACGUUUUGACCAACUUGGCAAAUGUCACAUUUAUCUUCCAGCUGGCUUGAAGCAUAAGCGUAUGGCCUGGGACACAUUGUCACGUUGUGUCCUAAAGUACUUUGGGUAAAGAUAUCCCAAAGGCCUGUUAAAUUGAGAUAGGUGCCUCAAAUGAUCGAAUUCGCCCUGAAAUAGUCACUUUCCAGGACAGCUUUUUUCUCUGUUAAAGGACCUCUUGUUUUGCUCCAAAAAUGGCAGGGCACUAUUAUGACUGAAAUAAUUAUUCUACAAUGCUCUAAAGCAUGAGAGGAAAUAUCCAACAAAGAGGAUAAAUAAAAUCCAAUAAAAAGGACAGGAAUCAUGGAAUAUUUCUUAAGGAUGGUAAUACCAAAUAGAAAAAUUCUGCCAAUUUUUUAGCCUAUUCCUAGUUUCCCAAGCUCUCCUCAGCUAACUUCUGUCUUCUCAGGAGAUCCUGCCAUAUCAGAAGGGUGGGAAAAAAAGUUUAUUCUACUAAUUUUCUAAAUGGUUAAAUAGUAGUGAACAAGUUUUUAAAAUGAGCAUUCUUGCAAAUCUACGAUAUGUGUUGUUUUUUUUAGCUAAAACGUCCAGGGAUAUACAGGUAGCCCUUGACUUAUGGCCACAUUUGAGGCCAAAAUUUAUGUUGCUCAGUGAGACAUUUGUUAAGUGAGCUUUUGCCCCAUUUUACAACCUUUUUUGCCUUAAUUGUUAACUGAACCACUGCAGUUGGUACGUCAGUAACCCGGUUGUUAAGUGAACCCGGCUUCCCCAUUGACUUUGCUUGUCAGAAGGUCGCAAAAGGGAUCACGUGACCCCUUGGGGACGCCGCAACCAUCAUAAAUAAAUAUGAACCAGUUGCCAAAUAUCUGAAUUUCCAUUACGUGGAUGAUCAUGUGAAAAGCGGUCAUGUCAGUUUUUUCAGUGCCAUUGUAAAACUUUGAAUGGUCACUAAAUGAACUGUUGUAAGUCGAGGACUAUCUGUAGUUGGGGGCCCAAUUUUUUCCCCCAAAACGCAGAUACCGAGGAGAGAAGCACACUUCAGCUUGUGCAGCUGCCUUCGCUUCCCCCUAAGUCAAGAACAGGAAUGGCUCAGAAACCAAGCAGUUUGUCCCAAGGAGAUGACUAUCCGGGGGGAGGGGUGUGUGUGGAGUGCGGGGGGGGGGGCAUCUGGCUCUGGCUGCCGAGUGAUACCCCCCCCCCAAAUCUGGUUCUAGCCCUAAUGAUAAUUUUGGAACACAGCCACUAACCGACUGGACAUUGCUCCAGGUUUUGAAGCUAAACAAUUCUGGUUUUAUUUUUUAAGAAAAACUUGAAAAGGUAAUGAUGUUUGCAAUGAGUAAGAACGGAUACCAUCUUUCUCCAAAAAUAAGACAGGGUCUUAUUAUUAAUUUUUGCUCCAAAUGACGCAUUAGGGCUUAUUUUCUGGUUAGGUCUUAUUUUGGGGGAAAUACGGUACUGAACACCUCCAUCUGGUUGACGAUCUUAACUAGGGCUUAUUUUUGGGUUGGGGCUUAUAUCAUGAGCAUCCUGAAAAAUAAUGCUAGGGCUUAUUUUCCGGUUGGCUCUUAUUUUCGGGAAAACAGGGUAUAUUGCAUCAUUUAGGAAGAAAUCCGCCAAUCCCCUGCUUUUCUUUCAUUCUUUCAAACAAUUUAAUACCACCUGCCCCCCACACUUUUUUUCUUUCUUAGAAGCUCAAGGUGACGUACAUAAUAAUCCCCCCCAGGCCCCGUAAACUCUGCUGGUCGGAGUGAAGGUUGGUUCCAAGUCGCCUUGUGACUUCCUUGGCCGAAUAAUGGACUUUGGUUUUCCUGGAUAGCUACUCUUGAAAGGAGUAGAUUUAUAGAACAGGCUCAAAUUAUAAAUUUGACAGACAGGUAGACAGAUCAUAAGUAGUUAGACAGAUGGAAAGAGCAAGCAUGCCAUGGCGAGUUGGCUGCAGUGAGCUUGCGCAGUGAGUUGAUGAUGGCAAGUUGUCCCACUCCCCACCCAAUGACCCCUAACACAAUCUUUACAACCCAUCAUCCUUGCAGAAGAAAAUCACAUUAAAAAGAUUAGGUCUGAGAUUUAAAUGUUUUUGAGCAUCAAUUCACUUGAAUAGAAGCUGGGGAACGAAAAACUAGGUUGCUGCUCUCUGAGUCAGCCUGUCUUUAUCUCUGAUUCAGCAAGAUGAAGAUAGAUAAAGAUGCAGAUAGAUAAAGAUAUCAGCAAGGGUUCUUGUGGGACCUCCAGAGAGAGAUUGCUGGAUUUCCUGGAUUUGUGGUGAUCUGUGAGAGAGCUGUGGUGGCUCAGUGGUUAGAAUGCAGUAGUGCAGGCUACUUCUGCUGACCGCAAUUUGGCAGUUCGAAUCUCACUAUCUUCACAGCCCACAGCCCAC